AUGCCGGGACCUGCUGGCGCGUGCCUGCAUACCAUGCACCUGUCGCCGCGCACCAUCGCCAAGGGCGUUGGCGUGUACUUUGCGGCAGCAGUGAGUGGCUACCUCUACCUGCGCUCCACCAAGGCGCCCGCCCCCUCGCCGUGCGGCUGCGGCGCCAGCCGGCCCGCCGCCAACGCGGCAGGCGACGGCAGCGGCGGCUGGGACGAGGCGCCGGCGAGCCCGGCGGGCGGGCAGCAGACGUUUGACCGCCUAGCAGACCGCUACGAUUCAUGUAUCAACGUGGACGAGACGUUCAUGGGAGUGAAGCUCAUGCGGCGCUGGCUCAUGCGGCGGGCCGAGGGCGAUGUGCUGGAAGUGUCUGCGGGGACGGGGCGCAACCUGCCUUACUACGACCUGCGCCGCCUGCGCUCCCUCACCCUCACAGACACCAGCCGCCACAUGCUGGUCAAUGCCGCGGACAAGUAUGCAGAGAUGGGCGCGUCCACCGGCUCGGCACGCGUGCGCUUUGAGCUUGCAGAUGCCCAGCAUCUGGCGGCCACGCCAGACAGCAGCAGCGGCAGCAGCGAAAGCAGCAGCAGAGCCCACGCUGCGGCAGGUGCGGCACAGCAGCCGCCGGAGGCGCGGCAGCCGCAGGAGCAAAUGCAGGGAGCAGUAGGGGCGCCGCAUCGGCCGCAGCUGAGGCAGCAGCAGACCUUCCCGCCGCGCAGCUUCGAUUGUGUGGUAGAUACCUUCGGUUUGUGCUCGCAGCAGGACCCAGUGACGGCGCUCAAGGAGAUGGCGCGGGUGUGCAAGCCGGGCGGCCGCAUCCUGCUGCUGCAGCACGGCAAGGGCACCUGGGGCUUUGUGAACAGCAUCCUGGACAGCGGAGCAGGCGAGCACUACCUCAAGUGGGGGUGCUGGUGGAACCGCGACAUUGAGCGCAUUGUGCGCCAGGCGGGGCUGCGGGUGGACUCGAUGAGCCGCUGGCACUUUGGAACCACCUACCUGGUGGUAGCGCGGCCAGCGGAAGAAGCCUGA